AUGUACCACAAUGGGAAAUUCUACUGCAUAACAGUUGAAGCCGAAGUCUUCGCUUUUGACCUCAGUGGAGUUUCUCCCACCGUGACGGUGGUCGGCGAGAGCACGUCACUCGGUUUGACACAUUUCGACUGUCACAUUCCUUGCUCCCGUGUCAGACACAUUCACAGCAAAUACUUGGCGUGCUCGAGCACCGGGGAGCUGUUCCUGAUUUUGAGGCGCACAGUUCUCUCAUAUGAAUCGCUGGGAUGGAAGGCUAUCAUGGUUUGGAGGUACAAUCCUCAGCGUCAGCCAUGUUGGGAAGCUGUGAAGAACUUGGGGAAUAAGUCCUUGUUGAUCGGUAUCAACAACGCUAUAUCGAUUUCUACCGAGAAUUUUCGAGAUGCACGACGAGAUUGCGUCUACUUUACGGAGGCGCUGAUCAGAACCAUAGUCGAUGGCCGGCCCGAAUUCAUUCCUAGCAUUGUAGUGUCUGAUGUGCGACGGGGAAAGUGGGCGCGGGCAAACUCUCAGUUACAACCACUCUUGCUGCCACCCAUCUGGUUCACUCCCUCCAUGCCGUGA